UGGUGUAGGCGUUUGGACUGUAGUAGGACUAAAGCCGCGUGUAUGUUGUUGUGUAGUGUGUGGCUUACUGCAUGAUGGCUGCUACUGCUGCCUGGGAGGGAACUGGCCGCCCUCCCACGGAUGAGCUCCAGACUCCCCCUGGUCGCUCAGCUCAGCCUCCCCAGGGAGCUUCUGCUGGCACCACUCCCACGUUGUUGCAUGAUUCUGCACAAAGCACUGCCAAGGAUUCACCUGCUACCGGCAAAAAGGACGUUCGUUCCACUGUGAGAGUAACCGUGAAUUUACCCGUCUCUACACCCACAGGCACCAAGCUGGCUGUGACCACAAGAUCUGAGUCACCUGCGGGGGGUGAAGGUCUCAAGGUGGAGCCUAAGAAUCUGGACCAAGAGAAAGAGAUUGCCCUCAGUCAGCUGCAGGAGUUGGAGGAGGCCAUUAAAGUGCGCAAGGUGUCCAAGGUAGACGGGCGAAAGAUACGCUGGAUUGAGUACCGUGCACGCAAGAAGCAGGAGGAGCAAGAGAAAGCGGCUGAAGCCAAAAAGAAGGGCCGCAGAUCGAAAGGUGUUGAGAACAGUGAAAAUGACUCGAGCAUUGUAAAUAACAACAACAACAACAAAAGUGAGAGCAACAUGAAAGUCGAGGUAGUGUCUCCGCCACUGAGUGUGGUAGGGAGAAGCAAUGUUUUGGAAAGCAUGAAAACAGCAAUUCUUACAGGGUACAGAAAAUGUUGUCCAAAAGGAAACACCCCGAAGAACACAACACCAAAAGGCUCGACGCUAAAGGAGUCGAACGGUAAGGGUGUAAACCGUAGAAGUGCCACACCAAAAGGGGUAGCAUCUAAAGGGGGACAAAAGGGAACGUCCACCAGCAACACCGAUCACCCAGACCAACCACUGUCUGCCAGUCUCAAAAAACCUUUCUUCCCAGUAAGGUCUCUCACAAAAGGACUGCGGGAAGUUAGGAAAGUGGAGAAUGGCGAAAGUCCAAAGAAAGCAGAUGACCGUACACCUAUUCCUGCUUCAUCCCCCAUCACACCGGUGUCAAUUCCCACUUCAACACCUGUUUUAUCUCAGCCAAAGACAGAACCAGGAACCAAAUGUCCUCUCAUAGCAGUAGCUGCGAGAUUGCUUUCCCCUCCUUCGGCUAGGUCAAAGUCCUUAGACAACGCAAGAAGCAGGAAAGCAAACACAAGAGGUGGAGCCAAGAAGCCUAGUGGCAAAGCUGCAGAGAGGUCAGAGUCUGAACCAAGAAGUAUUAUGAAUGGACAUACCCUUGUGCAGAACGGACCAUCUGAAGAGGAAGAAUCCAUAUCUUUCAACGUAUCCUCAUCAGAUGCUGAAGACAAGUGUGCAGAAGUAAUAGAGGAAAAGACAGAAACAAAUGUAGAACUUCAGUCAUAUCAAAAUACAGAGGUUACAGUUGAUGAAAAAGCAACGGACGAGAACUUGGAUGUGUCGGUAAAAGAGGAAGAAAUUGAACCCAAAUCUGCAGAUAGCACAUGUGCGGAAAGUGGUAGUUCUACAGGAAAGUCUAGUAAAAAAUUAUCAACUGUGGUUGUAGAUGUCCAUAAUAGCAUGAAUGGUGAGCCACAGACUGUAGUUUCUGCAUCCAAGCCUGCUCUACGUGGAAAGAAGACUUCGCCUGCAAAGAAAAUUGAAAAAGGGAACACAAGUAAAAUCCAAGCAAGAUUAUCAGAUGACAGUACAGAGGGCAGUAGUCAAGCGAAAGAUCUUGCACCUACUCCUUCUGUCACUGAUGCCAAAAAGUCAAAAUCCAGUGCAGGGAAAAAGCAGACUGUCUCGAUUGUAGGAGAGGAAAAGGAAGAUGAUAACACAAGUGCCUCUAUGAGCAAUCAAACACCACAAUUGCAAGAAAGCAUUCAAAGUACAAAGUUGGUGAAAGGUGUUCAAAAAGUCAUAAAUCAAGAAGUGCCCUCAGAAGCUGAAUCUGCGACUGCUACUGCUUCUAACAAUGACUCAAAAUCAGCAAGUAGUGUGAAGGAAAGUGGGAACAUAGUUGAAGUUCAUACCAAAAGGGAAAAUGAUACGGGAGAUGUAGCUGAUGGACAAAAGGAAAAGGAGGGGCUAGGGGUCUCGGAAUCAGAAAAUUUGACUGAGAAGGAAAGCUGCAAAAACAAGAGUGAAAUUCCAGUUGAGAAAGCUAAGAAAGUUUCAAAGACACAAAUGAAAAAGGGAGGCUCAGUCCCAAAACUAGUGUUCAGGGAUCAGGUCUUCAAAAGAGUAGUGCAGGGGCAAAGGGAAGUAACUCCAAAAGCAAGUGGGAAGAGUAGUCCUGCAAAGAAGAAAGUGGCAGGUCCAUCAAAGAAGGCAAAGUCUCCCAAAAACACCCAGACGCCACAUGCAAAGCCUCCUGAGCUAAACGCUGCCAAGAAACAAAAGGCUGUGGAGGAAGUCGAAACACUACAUAUUGAGCCAAAUGAAUCACCAACAUAUAAAGGAAUGCAAGGAAGCAGUAGAAGAGAACGUGUGCAAAAUGUGAUAGAAGAGAAACCUGCUGAGUUACAGGUAGUUGAAGAAUCACAAGUAAAUAAAGAGAUAGAACAAGUAAAUAAAGAGACAGAACAAGUAAAUAAAGAGACAGAACAGGAACAUAAAGAGACAGAACAGGUACAUAAAGAGACAGAACAGGUACAUAAAGAGACAGAACAGUUACAUAUAGAGACAGAACAAGUACAGAAAGAAACGGUACAAGUAAAUAAAGAGACAGAACAAGAUGUUCAUGUAGUUGAAGAAGAUAAAAACAAGAAGGUCAUAGAAGAUGUUAAACUUUUAGAGGAUGAACCACCUGCAGAAGCUCAAAAGGAGGAGCAGCUUACCCUACAGGAUGAUGUUGAAAUAAAGAGAGAGAAUUUACUGAAGGAAAAUAACAACUUGCCAGAAAAGCAGCCAGAAUCUGAAGUACAAAUUAUGUCAGAUGUCCAGGAGAAUUUAAGUAUUGUGAAAGUGGCGGAGGACAAAGAAGAGAAUGACGCCAGCAAAGAGGAAAGUAUUCCAGAGAAUCCUGAGUUGGUGGUGGUUAAUCAAGAAGAAAACAUAUCUGUUGAACAAACCCAAGAGUGUAGUAUUAUACCAAAGCAAAACGGAAGUAUUGCAUCUCAAGAUGUAGUAGGAGUAAGUCCUUCAACUACCUCGAUAUCACCAGAAACUAGUGCCUCAAAUGCAAAGUCAAAGGAGAAAGUACCCAGGAUAUUGAAACAGCUUCUUCAGGAUGAAGGAGUCCAAAAUAUGCUUAAGAGUAUGGGCGAAGAAUCAAUUACAGCACCAGAGGGAUCACCGAGUGAGUCCAGCGUGCAUAAGCUUCGUCCAAAAAGGCCAUCAGAACCCAUGCUGUCUUCCUCGCCAGAAUUAGAUGUUUUAGAGGCCUUCUUUUCUCCUACAACAAAGAAAAAGAAGCAGAGAAGUGAGCUGGACACUUUGUAUAUGGAUGAAGGUGUCCUGAACCUAUUAACAAGUCUAGAACCUUAUUCCCGAAGACAGCCUCAUCAAGAUGAUGCUGCCAGUGAUAUUUCCCAAGCCAGUAGCGCCAAGAGUGUAAAAGGAAGCAAGUCCUCUAAAGCUGCCUUAGAUGUGCAGGCUGAUGGGAGGAAGAGAAAACUUAGUGGAGCCAGCACUGUAAGCAAUACCUCAACUAGAUCUAUGCAACCUCCAGAGUCUAAGAAACCACGUUUAGAUAACCAGGAAUCCCCCUUGGAGACCCAUGAACUAGACACAGCAGAAGAAUUCAAGGACCUGUCUGAGAAUCAGGAAACUAGCAAUGUUGAACCAGUUCCUGCUCAGCCAGUAAGAAAGAGGGGAAGACCAACACUGCCACUAUCUGUGAAACAAAAGAACAAAGCAAUAAGAAUGCAACUGAAACUCCAAAAACAGAAGCAGAUGAAGGUGAAUUCUGUUGUCAGCGCUCUACUUAGGGAGGAUGAUAAUAUGAACCUGGCACAGAUUAAGGAUGUGCUAAAGAGGGCCAGAGAAGCCAUCAGCUCCCCAUUAGAAGAAGAAAUGGAGGAGGAAACACCCACCGGCAAGGCAGUUCCACCCAUAAAGAUUAAAUUAGCUUCCGAAAGUGUAACCAUUAGGCAUAUAAAUCGACCAGGACCAGUUCAGGGUCAGCAGACAGCAGCAGCACCAUUGGGAGGUGCUGUGGAUGUACAGGGAAUUAAACCAACACCUAAACCAAUGGCAGUUGAUGCAUCUUGUAGUAGACCCUUAGCUAAAACUGUGACAGAGACUAGGAUAUCGCCAAAGACUUAUACAGAGAAGACGAGGACUUAUCCAGAACGAAGGACACCCCCUCCACAACAAAGAAGAAUAGAGAACAUCACCAGUCCUACAGCAGCAAGCUUCUCGUCGCUAGUGAAAACUUUGGAGGCCACGGGACAACAGAAAAGUAGACAAAGGGCUGGAGGAGAGUCUCUGCGUCAGUCCCAGCGGGCCAGCGUGAGGCAGAGCGAAGGCAGCUACCACUACCGAGACAUAUCCCUGAGAAAGUUCAACAAUUUCACCCAGAUCAUCUUGUCUCCUUCCACGACAAAGAUGAAAAAUGCCUUGAACUCGCGGGUCUUGCGAGAGCUCUGUGAGGCCCUGAACAUUCUGAAGAGAGACGACUCCGUGAGAAUGGUGCUGCUGACUGCCACAGGCUCCACCUUCUGCCAGGGCAUUGAUUUGACGGCUCUCCAGCAUCCCAAUCUAGAGACUCGCAAGAAGAAUGCGGAAAAUCUUGUGAGAGGCAUAAAGGAUUUCCUGAAGGCUCUGGUGCAGUUUCCAAAGCCCAUUGUUGCUGGUGUGAACGGAAAUGCCAUGGGCCUGGGCGUAACCAUGCUACCUCUUUUUGAUAUGGUCAUUGCUAAUGAUAAGGCUGAGUUUUACCUUCCGUAUGCCAAACUAGGGCAGGUGCCUGAAGGUGGAGCUACAUAUACGUUCCCUAGUAUUUUGGGCAAGUUGCAGUCAACGCAGCUAUUCCUUGGGCAUAAGGUGACAGCGGCCAAGGCUCAGGAGAUGGGUCUGGCCUCAGAGUCCAUCUGGCCUGCAACCUACCAGCAGGAGCUAAUACCCAAGGUGGCACUCCUGGCAUCACAGUCUGCUCAGAGCAUGGAGGCGACCAAGGCCCUGAUGAACCACCACCUCGUGACGAAGCUGGAGCUGAGCCUCGAGUCCGAGUGCCGCCUGCUCCUCCAGCAGUGGACGUCGCCUCACUUCACCCACCUGUGCAAGCGGUUCCUCGAGUCCCACCACGUGCAGCUGCAGAAGCCCGUCAACCUGCCCCUGUAGUGGCUGCCGUGCGCGAUGGCGAGGAGAAAGCCCUCCGCGACGCGACCCUGGCGAAGAAAACACACUUUCCGAGUGAACAGGACUGGCUGUGGUCCGGACGCUCAUAUUUUUUUUAUUCUAUUUACAGUGUUUCGUUUUAAUUUUGAAUGGUGAUAGUGAUACCCUCGGGAUCUUGGUGCGCCGACGCUGUUCCCGCGCGCGCUCGGGUGGCGAACUCUUUCCCCCAAAAAAGAAGAAGUGACCGGCGAUCGUUUUCCUUCUCGUAAACGUGUCCUUUUUAAAUCGCGAGUCGGCGAGUCUGUGGAACGUGGAGACUGCUUGGGCGGCCGCGGGAGAUUCGGUGAUAUAUUUUUCCUUCUCUUUCUUCCGAUAUCGCCCUCACUGUCGAUCGCUGUUCAGGAAAGCAAAGAAGAGUGUAAGGGACAGCUUGGUUUAAACACACUCUUUUCCCUUUUCUCUCUCUCUCUCUAUCCCUGUCUUGAGUGAAUUGAAAAGUUCCAUUUAUAUAUAUAUUCAGAGUCGAGAUUCGUUUUGUUUCACUGCAACACCAGGAGAGAGACUUCGGACAACGGGAAGCGACAGAAGCCAGACGCACCACGGGCGAGUGUGACGAACAAAAAACGUUGCGGGAGGAAAGUGCGAAGCAACAUGCAGCUACUUGCAGGAAGGUCUGAACUUCUGACAACCUUUUGGACUCGGGAAGUCGAGGGCGGAAAGCUCCCCUCUGCGCAUCCUGGUGAAAGACAGCAAAAUGAUAUCUUAAAAAAAAAAGUAUUUAACGGAUGCGAACCUAUAGUUUGAAAAAAAAAGAAUAGGAAAUUUUUUUGAAGAAAUAACGUGAUAAUAGUACUAAUUAUUUGUGACGUCGCUGUUCAAAUGCAGUGGUUUGAGGCCUUUUUGGAACCCCCCUUUAUCCCCCCCCUCCUGGUGCAGAACCCCCCCAGUCCACCUCGAGGGCCUUGUACAGUGUACAGUUAACCACUUGGUCGUCCUCAGCUAAAGUGGAUAUAUUUAAUAAGAUAUUUCUAUAGUGCCCAGCAACUAUACUAGGUUCAGUAUGAAAAGUCUCUUUUUUUCCAUGUAAGGUGUUUUAGUGUAUCGGAAUGUCAUUUAUGCAAAUUUCUUAAAAGAGAAGAUAUAUUAAAAACAGUACUUUAAAAAAAAGGCAACAUUCUCAUGCACUUUCGACACUCGUGUAAAUAAUAGGACUCAUCGUGCACAAGUUAUAUUUUCAUGGGAGGUUUUAUCGGGGAUGUGUUUUGUACAUCUUUCAAAUGUGAAGUUACAAGUGUGUGAAUUUUGUAGUUGAUUUUUAUAGGAUAAAAAAAGUUGUUAAAAAAAACAAGUACAACCUCUGCAACUAUGACAGCCCUUCAAAUUUUUGUCAUUGAAUGUGAAAUCUCAUGCAAUGAAAAAGUUAUUGAAUUUGA